AUGGCUGAAAAAAAACCUAUUAACUGGAUUGAAGUUUUAAGAAAUUAUGUGUAAAAUAAACCUCAAAGAACAGCAUAAGAAAUAGAUGAUGAAACCGAUUAGCUCUUUUUGAAAUAUAUUGAUGAUGCUAAGCAAAAAGAAGAAUAAGAUGAUAAUAGCUAUAAAAAAAUUCCAAAAUUCUUUUAAAAAGCUCUCUUAAAUGAGCAUUAGUUAAACUUUAGAGUGAGACAAGAGGCAAGAACUCGUUUUUUACAUCACAAAACAAGCGAAAUUCUUGAUAAAGAAGAUUUAGAAAAAUUAUGGAUGUUAUUAAAGGACAACAUCUCACCUCCUAAUGAUGGAAAGGAAAGAAUCAAUUACAAUAGUUUUUUAACAAUUGCAAGCAUGCUACCAAUAAAAUGCAGACACUUCUUUUCAGCUAGCACAUUCUUAAAAUUUGAUAGAGAUGAGUAUGGAAGAAUAGAUAUUAUAGCCUUUUUCCAUUCAAUUGUUAGAAAAGUUAACUUAUUUUAAACAAGAAUAUAAAUUUCACUAUAUGACACAAUAGGUAAUGGCUAUUUGAGAGAAAAGGAUCUUGAAAACUAUAUUUUUGAAUUGAUUCCUAUUUUUGCUCAGUUGCAAAACCUCUAAGAAAAUUUCUUUCCUUUUUAUGUUAUUACAGCUGUAAGAAAGUUCUUCUUCUUUUUAGAUCCUAAAAGAACAGGUAGAAUUUAUAUUAAAGAUAUGCUUACAUCUCCUAUCCUUGCAGAGCUCUAUGAAUUACGUCAAGACCGUUUUACAGUUGAAGAGCUUUCAUAAAAUUGGUUUUCUGUUUAAAGCACAUAAAAAGUUUAUUAAAAAUACUUGAAACUGGACACAGAUCAUAAUGGUUUGUUGAAGAAAAGCGAAUUGUAAAAAUACAGUUGGGGUUUAACGAACAUAUUUAUAGAUAGAGUUUUCGAAGAAUGCUAAACAUUUGAAGGUGAAAUAGAUUAUAAGACUUUCUUAGAUUUUGUUUUGGCUAUGGAAAAUAAAAAAACUCCUCAAUCUCUAUAAUAUUUCUUCAAAAUUUUAGAUGUUUAUCAUAAAGGUGCUAUAGAUACAUUCGUUUUAAACAUGUUCUUUAGGCCAAUAGUCCAAAAGUUAGAAUAAAAGGAUAAAUAUGGAUUUAAUGUAGAAGAUGUAAAGGAUGAAAUAUUUGAUAUGGCAAAGCCAUCAGUACCUCAUGCAAUCACCCUUUAAGAUCUCAUUAAUUGUGGAUAGGGUGACAUCAUAGUUUCUAUGCUUAUUGAUGCUAAGGCAUUCUAUGAUUAUGAUCAAAGAGAAAGUGGAAACUACUUAGAUAUGGAGGAGUAUGAUUACGAUUUCUGA